AAGACUGCUCAUUUAGUUUAUCCUAAGAAACCACUUUUGCAACGGAACAAAAUGCCUCCACCUCGUGUAAACAAGAACCCCAGGAAUGAAACCACCACAAAAGACAACACGGGCACUCUCAACGACCCUUUUAAAUUCUUGAAUCAGGACUACCAGGAGUUGAAGAAGAGCUUCAUCACCAAUAACAAGAGAUUUGUUGAUGACAAGUUCCCCCCAGAAAGCAGCUCCAUUGACCCAAAUAAGAAGCUUAAACUGGAUCUGGACAAAAUUGAGUGGUUGAGGCCAUCAAAAAUUGUGUCAGACCCUCAGCUCAUUGUACAGGGGGUGUCCAGGUUUGACUAUUCCCAAGGACCUUAUUUAGGAAACUGCUGGUUUCUUGCUUCAGUUGGGGCUUUAACAUUUAUGAAUGAAAUCGUGGACCAGGUUAUGCCAGUUGACCAGUCAUUUGGUAAAGAUUAUGCAGGGAUAUUUCACUUCAGAUUCUGGCGGUUUGGGAAAUGGAUUGAUGUUGUCAUUGAUGACAAACUUCCAACAAUCGAUGGAAAGCUCAUUUUUGUUCAUUCAAAAACAUCUAAUGAGUUUUGGCCUGCAUUACUGGAGAAAGCUUAUGCCAAGGUCUGUGGCUCCUACGCUGACAUGCACGCUGGUCAUGUAUCUGAGGCUCUCUUGGACUUCACUGGUGGCGUCCACGUAAACUUUGAACUAGAAAAACCAGCUAUUGAUUUGUGGAGCCUGAUGGAUCGUGCAGCCAAAACACAGGUUCUGAUGGCCUGUGGCUCCCGUCAAGGGGAAAAAUCUGAGAAUAUAUUACCCAAUGGUAUUGUUCAAGGCCAUGCAUAUACAGUCACGGGGGUUUUUAAGGUAACAUGCCAAGGAAAACCAGUGAGACUGGUGAGAUUGUUGAAUCCAUGGGGAAUGGCCGAGUGGAACAGUGCCUGGAGUGACAAGUCAUUAUUGUGGAGCAAAGUGAGUGAGAAGGAGCAAACCAUGUGUCGUUCUUUGGCCAAUGAUGGCGAAUUCUGGAUGUCAAUGGAGGACUUCACCAAAAACUUUGAAGAAAUUGAUAUUUGCUGCCUCAGUCCUGAUUUUCUGGACAGUUCCUCUAAAUGUAGCUGGACAACAACAUGCUACAAUGGCAGCUGGGAAUCUGGGACUACAGCUGGUGGCUGCAUCAAUAAUAAAGGUAGCUCAAAUGAUGAGAAUCUUUUUUGGAUGAACCCUCAAUUUCGGGUGAGGAUUGAGGAGCUUGAUGCAGAAUGUGCCAGUGGCCAGUGUCCUGAAAACAUACUGGUGUCCCUUAUGCAGAUCCAUGAGAAGAGAUACAGAAGUCUUGUUUCAACCUACAGCAUCGGCUUCAGUGUUUAUCGGAUACCACCAGAGAUGAAAGAUGAGAAGUUCCCUGCCAAGUUUUUCUACAGCAGACGUCCUGUGGAAGAUAGUGGCAACUUUAUCAAUACAAGACAUGUGAUGAAAUUCUUCAAGCUUGAACCAGGAGAGUAUCUCAUUGUACCUGCUACUUUCCGCCCUAAUGAGUCUGCAAAAUUCAUGCUGUCCAUCUACACAAAGACUGAAUCCCAUAAAAAAGGAAAGAAACCUGCAAUGACAUAUGUAUAAGGUUAUUAUAUGUCUUGCUUAAAUAGCAUUGUGAUAGUUCAUGGUUACACCCUCCUUUGAACCUGCUACCUUGUUUACCAGUCUAGAUUUUUGACCUCUGUAACCACUCAAAUGGGUUUUGGAGCAGACCAAGCUAGUUAUGCUCUUUUUCUUUGUGUUCACCUGUGAGCUGUGAAAUCAAUGUUACCAUGCUUUGUGUAUGGGUCAGGUCAGUCAGUAACAUAAAAAUUGCCAACAGUUGUAAAUGCCAUUUCAGUGCAUGGUCAUUCAGAAAAGCAUGUUUACAAAAAAGAAAAGAAAAAAGGGUAUGUAGAUGAAUAUACGACACGAUUCUGAAAUGUACAACACCAAACAAUAAUAAAAACAUACAUUUCAUUCAGAUCUUUAAUUUAAA